GGGAGGGAAUAUUUCUAACAUUUGCCUCAACCUAUUACUCAGUGUAUCAUGGCAUAUAUGACCAUACACUAGAGCAAUACCGGCAUAGAUGAUCAUUUAAGGUCGAUUCUUUCCGCGUAGAAUUAGAUGAGUGAGCGAUUGGACGCCGAGACUUCAGCGUUGUGUUCUGGCCGAUGAGUUUCAGAAACGAGAGAAAGGUCCAGAUUACAGCUCAACGACGGAAAGUUUCUUUAAAUUGCUUUUCCCUGCAAUGAAUUCAAUAUUACAGUAAGAAUCUGCGUGUGGACGUAUUGCGGGAUUUCCAGUCGCUUUUUUAAAUCAAGGCUGUGGGCAGUGACGGAAUUCGGGUGACAAUGGAGAGCGCCCUGACUGCCAGGGACCGGGUGGGCGUGCAGGACUUUGUCCUGCUGGAGAACCACACCAGCGAGGUGGCGUUCAUCGAGAAUCUUCGCAAGCGCUUCAAGGAGAACCUCAUUUAUACGUACAUUGGUUCAGUGCUGGUGUCCGUGAACCCCUACAAGGACCUGGAGAUCUACACUAAGCAGCACAUGGAACGAUACAGGGGCGUCAAUUUCUAUGAAGUCUCACCUCACAUUUACGCUGUGGGCGAUAAUGCCUACCGCUCCAUGCGGACGGAGAGACGAGACCAGUGCAUCCUGAUCUCAGGUGAGAGCGGAGCCGGCAAGACAGAAGCCUCCAAAAAGGUCCUGCAGUACUAUGCCGUCACCUGUCCCGCCAACGAGCACGUGCAAACCGUUAAAGACCGCCUGCUACAGUCCAACCCUGUGCUGGAGGCCUUUGGAAAUGCAAAAACUCUACGAAACGACAACUCCAGUCGCUUUGGGAAGUAUAUGGACAUUCAGUUUGACUUCAAGGGUGCUCCUGUAGGAGGUCACAUCCUGAACUACCUGCUGGAAAAGUCUCGCGUCGUGCAUCAGAGCAACGGCGAGAGGAACUUCCACAUCUUUUAUCAACUCAUCGAGGGAGGAGAAGAGGACCUGCUGAGGAGACUGGGGCUGGAGAAGAACGCCCAACAGUACCAGUAUCUGGUGAAAGGUAACUGUCCCAAAGUGAGCUCCAUCAACGACCGCAAUGAAUGGAAGCUGGUGAGGAAAGCUCUGAGUGUCAUCGGUUUCUCAGAUGAUGAAGUGGAGGAGCUUUUGAACAUUAUUGCCAGUGUUCUGCACUUGGGGAAUGUUCAGUAUGGGGGAGAGGACGGUGGAAAUGCUUAUAUCACUACAGAAACACAGAUUAAAUACUUAGCCAGGUUGUUAGGUGUGGAUGGCACUGUUCUUAAAGAGGCCCUAACAAAUAAAAAGAUCAUUGCCAAAGGAGAAGAGCUGAUCAGCCCCUUAAAUCAAGAGCAGGCAGCCUCAGCACGAGACGCUUUAUCUAAAGCUAUAUACGGACGCACUUUUACCUGGCUUGUGAACAAAAUUAAUGACUCUCUGGAGUACAAGGAGGAGACGUUUAACAGUAAAAAUGCCUCUGUCAUUGGUCUGUUGGAUAUAUACGGAUUUGAAGUCUUUCAGAACAACAGUUUCGAGCAGUUUUGUAUCAACUAUUGUAAUGAGAAGCUACAGCAGCUCUUCAUCGAACUGACUCUGAAGUCAGAGCAAGAUGAAUAUGAGGCUGAGGGAAUCACGUGGGAGCCUGUGCAAUAUUUUAACAACAAGAUCAUUUGUGAUCUUGUGGAGGAGAAGUUCAAAGGAAUCAUUUCAAUCUUGGAUGAAGAGUGUCUCAGGCCUGGAGAUGCGAGUGACAUCACGUUCCUGGAAAAGCUCGAGAACACUGUCGGCGGCCAUCCCCAUUUCCUCACUCAUAAGCUGGCUGAUGGAAAAACAAGGAAGGUGAUGGGUCGGGAGGAGUUCAGACUGAAUCAUUACGCAGGAGAAGUCAACUACAAUGUGAACGGUUUCUUGGACAAGAACAAUGAUCUCCUUUUCAGAAACAUGAAGGAGGUUAUGUGUAUGUCUGAAAACAAAAUACUCACUCAGUGUUUCGACCGAGAAGAGCUUACAGACAGGAAACGACCAGAAACGGCGGCAACACAGUUCAAAACCAGUCUGGCGAAGUUGAUGGAAAUCCUGAUGUCUAAGGAUCCGUCAUAUGUGCGCUGCAUCAAACCUAAUGAUGCCAAGCAAGCAGGGCGUUUUGAUGAAGUCCUCAUCAGGCAUCAAGUGAAAUAUCUUGGUCUGAUGGAGAACCUUCGAGUCAGAAGAGCAGGCUUUGCAUACCGCCGUCGCUACGAGACAUUCCUGCAGAGGUAUAAAUCUCUGUGUCCUGACACCUGGCCAAACUGGGACGGCCGUCUGGUGGACGGAGUAUCUGCUCUUGUUAAGCACCUUGGCUACAAGCCUGAGGAGUACAAACUCGGCAGGACCAAAAUCUUCAUCCGUUUCCCCAAAACCUUGUUUGCAACCGAAGAUGCUCUAGAAGUCAGAAAACACAGCCUUGCAACCAAACUUCAAGCAUCCUGGAAGGCCUACACUCAAAAAAACAAAUACCAAAAAAUGCGAAAAUCUGCUAUCAAGAUCCAAGCCUGGUGGAAGGGCAUUCUUGCCCGCAGGGAAGCUAAGCGCAGAAGAGAUGCUGCCAACACCAUCCGCAGGUUCAUCAAAGGCUUCAUCUAUCGCCACCAACCACGCUGCCCAGAGAACGAGUUCUUCCUGGACUAUGUUCGUUACUCAUUCCUAAUGAAUCUGCACAGAAACCUACCUAAAACCGUUCAGGAUAAGAGCUGGCCUACACCUCCUCCUGCCCUAAUCGAGGCUUCAGAGCAACUUCGCAAACUGUCCAUGCAGAACAUGGUGUGGAAGUACUGUAAGAACAUCAACCCAGAAUGGAAACACCAGUUAGAGCAGAAGAUGGUUGCAAGUGAAAUCUUUAAGGACAAGAAGGACAACUACCCGCAAAGUGUCUCCAAACUUUUUGUUGGCACAAGGCUCAAUGGAGAAGACCUUAACCCUAAAGUUCUUCAGGCUCUGGGGAAUGAGAAGAUGAAGUACGCGGUUCCAGUGACUAAAUAUGACAGGAACGGAUAUAAAGCUCGCAACCGACAGCUCCUUCUAAUGUGUGACAGCGCCAUCAUUGCGGAGGAUGCCAAGCUGAAACAGCGAAUCGAUUACAGCGCACUGAAAGGGAUUUCUGUAAGCUCUAUGAGUGAUGGAUUAUUUGUUCUCCAUGUUGCCUCUGAAGGCAGUAAGCAGAAAGGUGAUGUUGUGCUUCAGACCGAUCAUGUCAUUGAGACGUUGACCAAAGUGGCUAUCUGUGCUGAGAAGAUCAACACCGUUAACAUUAACCAGGGAAGUAUAAAAUUCGAUUUGGCACAAGGAAAAGAAGGGAUCAUAGAUUUUACAUCUGGAUCAGAGCUGCUGGUUGCCAAGGCUAAGAAUGGACACCUUUCAGUGACUGCACCUCGGCUCAACUCAAGAUGAUAGACCGGUCACGACCAAGCACUUCCUGUUCCUCCUCCUUAAUUCAUCAAUCACAUGACUUCAGGCAGAGCUUCUCUCUGCCAAUCAGAUGCCAGCCAGCUGCACCAAAGGGCCUCUGCUUAUGGUUGUGAAAAUCCAGCAAAUUUAUUUAUGUGUCGGGGGAUUAAUACAGUUUUUAUGAUUUUAUAUUUUGAAGCCAAGAAAUAACAAUAUAUGUGCAUUUUUCCUGCACUCUUGUCUAGGUUUCUAGCUAGUUUGUAUGGGGAAUAUUGAUUUGUUGGUGGAGAAGAUGACCUCAGAGAUGUUAAUGAGGAAAAUCAGGGUUUAUAAUGACUAGUUAUUAGCUUCUAGGUUCUAUUUCCGUUCACCUGUGAUUUAUGUCUAUGGCUCAUGACUUAGCGUCUGUGUAACACAAGCAAUACUUACUUCUAUAAAGCUCAGUUUUAUAUAUGUUCAUAGGAAAGGUGUUAUUUACUUCUUGUUGCUUAGAAAGAAACCCUAUCAAUCAAAAAGGAAAGCUGAACUUGUUCCACUCAUUAGCUGUGCUUCAUCAUUUCGGCCACAAGUCUAAUAGUUAUUGUUGUUGAUGGAUUGUAUUGUUCUGGAGCUUGUAAAACGAAGCGUGAGUUUUAGAGAGCGUGCGGCGAGUGCAUUGAGGGUGCGUGUCAUUUACAAAAAGAUUGUAAUGUUGAUGGAAAGAGUGAGCAUUUUGCAUUCAGUGAUAGGAGGUUAAUGAACCAGCCCAUCCACAUAAUCUUAGCCAUUCGUCAUUUAUUUAGCUGUAUAUGGUUGAACCAAUGCAGACUUGAAUAAAUGUAGCAAGUGAGACUAGAGAUCUACAAACAUCUCAUUGCUGAAUCCCAAAUAUGUGCCUCAAAAUGUUAAUGUUUUUUGUAGAUUACAUUUGACAUUCGGUUUAAAAGGAAGAAGAGGGAAGGGGGAACGUCGACAGAAGUUUGAACUUUAUGGUCUCACACAGUGAUGAAUAUAUGCAUUGUCCUCCAAAUAGAAUGGGCAUAGUAAUGUCUUUAUUAAAGCCUUUUUCCCACAUUAGCACUGCUUGAACCUUAUGGCAAAGCAGUAGGACAUACAAAUAGCAAAUUCAAUAUUGUAAGAGAUUAGCCUUUAUAUUUUUGGAAAUUGUGUGUUAUCUUCAAAAACAAUAUGUAACUUGGCAGGUUUGUGUAUAUGUAGAUAAAAAUGUAUCGGGACGCUACUGUUCACAAACCAAAGGUAAAUGUUAGUUCAGGUAAGAUUUGUCAUACUCUUUUCUUGCACUAUAGGAUUUCAUGCACCUCAACAUCUCACAGUACAAUUAUUACAUGUUUCCUUGAUGCCAAUAUUAAAAAAAAAGAUGACUUGAGCAUGUGCCUUCCCUAGUCUCAUAACAGAAGGUUUAUGCUUUAAACUGAAACACUGUAAGAUUCCAUCUGUUAAAUGCUGUAGCAUUUAAUUUACUUAGAACAAAUGUAUAUUUGUGCGUUUUCCACACAAACUCUUGACCCAUCUCUUUCUAUCACAUUUAGAUGUAAUUCAAACGUUGCGAUUUUGUUUUAUACAGUUUGUUUAAUGUAAGUACUUGGACAAAAUCUGUUAUUUGGAAGCAAACUGACAAUGUAUCUGAGCAUAUUAAAGCUGAUUAAAAGUUC